UUGACAAUUGGUCUAGGAAUAGUACCCUUGUUUCAUCUUGAGACCACGAUUCAAAACUGUGGUGCACCAGUCUUAUUUGGCAUCUUACUUGUAUCCUAUACCUAUACCCUCAGUUGACCUGAAUCGCCCUGGGAAAAAUAGGAAGGAUACGAAACGAGAACAGAGGAGGAAACCGUGAGAGGUCGAGCUGUGCUACCAACCUUAGGUGUGAACGACGAAGACCAUUUUGGAUUUCGAAUUAUCUGGAUUUCUAUCAUUAGCCUAUCGACCGAUUAUUUGGUCAUCUUUUUGGAAAAUGGGCCACAAAUCUAAAUUCACGUUUCCCAUGCCGGGUCGCUGUGCGAAGCCACCGCCGACCUCAACCGUUACGAGCCCGAUUUCGAAAGCAGAGAAGAUAUUGGGAACUAAUGGGGUUUGCUUCGGCUCACCUCCUGUACUUGGAAGGGAUGCGGGUCGGAUGUGGGAAGAGGGUUCGACCGGCGGUAUUAGUAUAUCAAUUUCAGAGAGCAGCGCUAGCCAGUCUGGUUUCAUGGAUGAUAAUGAUUAUGAUGAUGACAAAUUUGCCGGAACGACUUACGGGAGAGCGUUAUGGGAGGAGGAAUCAGAAGCUCUUCCUCGACGGUUGCGUGUUGACCAGACUCCUCAAGCGAAGGGCCUGAAGCCCAAAAGAUCAGCAAUUACACUCGGCGCUCAUAACCGGGAUAACAUGACAGACGAAGUACUUGCUCGACGGCCCCGGUCUAGUUCCACUGUCGUAUCUCAUUACGAAUCGGCAAAGGUGCCGCUAUCUAUAUCUCAGCAGACUUCGAAUUCUGCAAUGGCAAAGGGACUGCCGUCGAAAGCCGGCGCAUUGUUAGAUAUAGAUGGAAUGCACAAUAGCAAAGAACAACCAAGGAAGAAGCCAUCGAGAUUAGAUUUCUCGAGGUUACGGUUCAGGCAUCGCAAGGAUCAGACCACCUUGGAUACUAACGUCGGUCCUGUUUUGGGAAACAAUUAUGUGAUGAAGUCGCCGUCUGUUAUGUCACAUAUGUCGAACUCCGUGGUAUCACUGCCACGGGCAUCACCAAUGAGUCCUGAAAGUGAUCCGAAGGGCUCGAGGCAAGAUUUGAGAGUUCCCACACAAGCACUCACACAAGCACCGGCAAGACAAAGCCGAUCAAGAGGCGCGGCUGAUACGGGUAAUCUACAUAAUCUUUAUGACCACUACGAACAAAUGUCAUUCCGGGACACUGGCGAUAUAAAGGAGGAUAUCGAAGAAGAAAGAGCAGGGGAAGAAGAUGAUGAAGAAGCGCAAUUUGGCACGCAGCGCCUCUUGCCUCGGACAUAUACGCCAGUGAAUGGAGAUGUAUCUAGAGAGGACAUGAUCACACCGUUGCCGAAUGCUGUACAUAAAGACCACAGCUCUGGAUGGAAUCAUAGUCGAAAUACAUCACAAGCCAGUAAGGUUACAGCAACAAGAUCCGGAACGCCGAGUACGUUGCAGAUACGGCCAAGUUCGAGGAAUGAUUAUCCAGCGAGUGUAUCGAGUCGACAUACGCGCACCUCAAAAGCGACGCCAUCCGUCACGAGUGCUUUGGAUUCUGACCGACAACAGCACAGUGUACUGUCACUUUCCGAUUCAGACUCCGACGAGGAAGAAGCUUCGGAUUCCAGACCUGGUUCGUCUUUGCCGUCGUAUGAUAACAGCUUUCGCGACGAUACUAGCGAGUCUUCAAGUCAGCGCCAAAUGGGUACAUCACGACUAUCCAUCAGCAGCCACUCAACGAACCCCAAGGGGACAUCAUACGCACAACUCAAUGACUUCCUCACUAUUCCUUUCGCAUCUCCGAAAUGCAAAGGCACUCGAUCACCGUCUGCUAAUACUAUUCUUUCGACCAACUCAACAUUGAGCACGGCCACCCGGUUUUCCCAGGCCCAGCAAGAUCCCCGCGGGUCGGUUUCGACGAUAGGAACAUCCUGCUCGAACAUGAUAUCUCCCACCUUUUCUAAUAUGACCGCUUGCACCUUGCAGGAAGCGAGGGCAAUCGCAUUCACUCCCUUAAACUUUGCGCCCCAUAUCGCCCACGCUGCUUCGAGCUCUGCAAACCAGACAUCACACAAUGCGAACCACACUUACCCACAGCAGCAAAGGCAGCGUAUGUCGCAGAACUCUCAUACUUCAGAUCAGCCGACCCCGCCCCUGUCUCCCACAAGCAUAGAGUUCCUCAGGAAAUCCACCGAAUCCGCACGACAAGAAGCAGCGUCAGCCAGCGCCAGUACGUAUGACUCGCGCAUGAUGGCCGUGACCAAACAGGAGGAGAUGCUGCUAGCUGCAUUGCGGAAGAAGCGGGCCAGGAUGCGGGAGAACAUAAUUGCCGAGAUCGAAGAGGACAACAGGGGCGGGCGAGGAAGCAUCGGCGAGGAGGACAUCGAAAAGAUAGCAUCGGCGCGUCUGAAGGAAGCCGAGAGACAGGCGAUCAAAGAGACCAAGGACGCCCGCGAGGCUCGUGCCAGAGCCGCACAGCCCAGGAGUUAUUCAACGAGGGCGUCAUCGCUGAUGGGACGAACGGGGGAGAGGCCAGGCAGCAGGCAGAGCCAAACGCGCGAGCAACCCAGGGGCCCGCGCAUCGUGGACGUGCGACCAUCAACGAGCCACAGCACCUUCUCGGAGCGGCAAAGCCGCGCCAGCAAAGCCACGCCUCCCGUGCCGGAGUCCUCGCGAACCGUCAAAGCCCGCCACGAGCGCGUGCUCCUCUACCUGGACCGGCCGAUCGACAGCAUCGACGUGAUCGACCAGGCGGAGCCGAGCCCCGACCUCAGCGAGUUCCUGGACUUCGAGCUGGACUUCCCGAUGCCGAACCGCCAGAGCCAGACGAGCCAGCUGAGCCAGGCGCGCCCGAAGCUCGGCAGCGACCUGCACAGCUCCCCCUUCCAGGGCCACGGGCGCCCGCGCCCCGACUCGAGCCCCGUGAGCCCCAAGAGCAACCCGCUGCAGGACAUGGCCCGGGUGCGCGCCAGGGUCAUCGACAACUUUGUGGACUACGACGACGACGAUGAAGACGACGACGACGACGACGACGACUACAUCGGCGACAUUGAUUUCGACGACUUCCCGGAGAUCGUAAGCCGCAGGAAGCCGCCGCCGCCGGCCCUCCAGUCGGUGCCCGAGAAGGAGGUCCCGAGGCCGGAUAGCCCGGUCUCGGCGGCGUUCCAGAUCCUGCCCGCGACGACGUACUGCCAUAAGAAGGGCAAGAAGAGCGCGGCGAGGCUGAGCGCUGUGGGGCAGAUCAACUCGCCCGUGCCGUGGUGGGGCGACGACGAUUGAGGAAUACAGUAAAAUACGAGGCGGACCAGCAGAUGCCAAACGCCUUCCGCCAUCCUAUGUUCGCCAUUUUUUGUACUUGCAUAAUUAUCUGCCCUUUUUGAACUUCUUCACGACUUCCGGGCGAGCGAGUUCGGGAGCGGGUGAGCGGGAUUCGCAUAACGUUUUUCUCUCUAUCUUAUUGUUAUUUUUUGUUUUUUAAUAUUUUAUUGCCCUCUUGUUUUUUGAACAGACCGGCGUUCAGCAUCACUGCUACGACUUAAUACAUCAUCUACCGAACGAACGUCCUUUUUUUUUUCCAAAACACGGGAUUAAAAAAAAAUCGGGGAAUAUGUUAUGACAUCCUGGGGCCUAUCUUUUUCUUCUCUUUGGGUUAUGUACCUGA